AUGGAUAAACUUUCAUUUUCUUUCAGUGGCAGGUUGCUGGAAUACCUCCUCCUCCUCCUCCUGUUGGUUCCGUACGCUGCAGCAGACAUCUUCACGGUAGGCUACAUAACAGGUUCUCAAAGGCAUCCAGGAGAUUUCGAAUACCCAAAACCUGGAAGGACCAUAUCAGGUGCCAUCUCCUUGGCAGUUGGAGAGGUAAACAAUGGAACGCUUGGCAAGAUGGGUCAUCAGCUGAAGUACAUAGUGGCCGAGACAUUUGGUAAGGAGGUGAUCAGUGUACAGAAGACGGCAGACUUGUGGAAGAUGAACGUUUCUGGGUACAUCGGACCUCAGGAGACUUGUGAGCAUGAGGCGUUUCUUGCUGCAGCUUUCAACCUGCCGAUGAUAUCUUAUUACUGCAUCCAUCAUGCCACAUCUGACAAGACAAAAUUUCCAACGUUUGCCAGGACAAGACCACCUGAUACUCAGAUAUCAAAAUCAGUAGCCUCCGUUCUACUAGCCUUCAACUGGAACCAUGUGAUCCUGCUGUACCUAAAAUCUCCGGAUUACGAGGAGUUCGAGCAGGUGGCCGAGAUCAUCAAGGAGGUCCUGCGGAACUCCGGGAUCACGGUGGCCGCGACCAGGAACUGGUUCGAGCCCUUCCACUACGGCUACGACGAGAACCCCUUCUACUCGAUCUUGGAGGAGACGCAGCGCCACGCAAGAAUUUUUGUUAUAUUGGGACACCAUUACGAACACCUGGGCUUAAUGAUAGCAAUGGCAGAUUUGAAUUUGUUCGAAAAAGGAGAAUAUUUCGUAGUGGGCGUAGAUAUCGAACAGUACGACUCCAGAUUCCCUGAGAAGUACCUGAGGGGGCUGUUGAAGACGGACAAGAUCCCCGUUGCGGAAAAGGCGUUCCGUAACUAUCUAGGAGUCGUGCCCUCGAGUCCUCUAGGUUACGAGAACUUUUCCAGACUCGUGAACGAGUACAUGGAGCUACCGCCUUUCAGCUUUCCGAAUCCCUCGCAUUACGUUGGAGGUAGGAAAAUGAUCCCGGCAGAGGCGGCGUAUCUGUACGACGCCGUCCAUCUCUAUGCCAGGGCCCUCAUAUCCGCCCUAAAAAAUGGAACUAAUCCAAGGAAUGGGACUGCCAUAAUCGAAUUCAUGAAGGAAACACAUUACAAGAGCGCCAUGGGAUAUAUUGUUUACAUGGACGAAAAAGGAGAUGCAGAAGGAAAUUAUACUCUCAUCGCAAGGAGACCAUUGAAGAACGGAAGUACAGAAUAUGGCUUAUUUCCGGUUGGCAAUUUCGCUCUGCGAAGUUCGAACACUAAACUCCCAAUAUUGAAUAUAUACAGCGAGAUCGAGUGGUCUCACGGACGUCCACCAAUAGCUGUGCCAAUUUGCGGUUUCAAACAAGAAAAUUGUAUAACUCAUACGAAGGAAAUAGCCUAUGGCAUCGCAGGAGGACUUCUGGUUAUCGUCACCAUUAUAGUUCUGGCUUUUUAUAGAAACUGGCAGUAUGAACAGGAACUGGAUAGCCUGAUCUGGAAGAUUGAUUUCAAGGAGAUCCAAGUAAACGAUGAUCAGAAAACUAAUUCGAAAUCGACGAGGCAAAACCAUCCGCUGAUAAGAACAAGCCAAGUCUCCCUGAGUUCGAACCCAGACGCGGACUUCAGAUACUCGACCAUCUUCACCCAAAUAGGCAUCUACAAGGGCAGGGUGUUCGCCCUGAAGAGCAUCGACAAGAAAUCCAUCGACAUAACGAGGGAAAUGAAGAAGGAAUUGAAAAUGAUGAAAGAUCUUCAACACGACAAUCUGAACGCAUUCAUCGGAGCCUGUACGGAACCCCCGAACAUUUGCAUCAUAACGGAAUACUGCACGAGGGGUAGUUUAAAGGAUAUUCUAGAAAAUGAAGAUGUUAAACUAGACAACAUGUUCAUAGCAUCAUUGGUUAGCGACAUUUUGAGGGGAGUGAUCUAUUUGCACGAGUCUCCAAUACGUUACCAUGGUUCUCUCCAUACUGGCAACUGUCUGGUUGACUCACGUUGGGUGGUAAAAUUAACGGAUUUUGGUUUAAAGGAAUUCAAGAAAGGAAGUUACAACGAGGACUUUUCUAAGGAUUCGGUGAAAAUGAAGGAAAAAUACCGUAAAUUGUUAUACAGAGCACCAGAAAUUCUGAGAACACCAGACGGAUUCAACCUGAACUACGUAGAGGGCAGUCAAAAAGCUGAUUCCUACUCGUUUGCAAUCAUCCUUUUUGAACUACAUAACAGACAUGGUCCCUUUGGAGACUGCAACUUGACAACCACAGAAAUACUGACCAGGAUCAAAAACGGAACCAAUCCUGUUUUCAGACCACCUAUGGGAGCAUUAGAAAAUAGCUUCGAUUUUGUUCGCGACUGUCUUAAAGAAUGCUGGCACGAGAAUCCAGAAGAUCGUCCGGACUUCAAGACCAUAAGGACCAAAUUGAGACCACUGAGAAAAGGAAUGAAGCCUAAUAUAUUUGAUAAUAUGAUGGCCAUGAUGGAGAAAUAUGCCAACAACUUGGAGGUUCUUGUUGACGAAAGAACCGAUCAACUCCAGGAGGAAAAGAAAAAGACUGAAACUCUUCUAUACGAAAUGUUACCAAGAACAGUUGCAGACCAAUUAAAGAAAGGAAAUAAAGUGGAAGCAGAGUGUUUUGACUGCGUCACCAUCUACUUCAGUGAUAUCGUAGGCUUCACUUCUAUGUCUGCUGAGAGCACACCACUUCAGGUUGUCGAUUUUCUGAAUGAUCUUUACACGUGCUUUGAUUCUAUAUUGGAAAACUAUGACGUUUACAAGGUGGAAACUAUAGGGGACGCAUACAUGGUGGUUAGCGGCCUACCAAUCAGAAAUGACAAUCAGCAUGCAGCAGAAAUAGCCACAAUGUCUCUUCACCUUCUUUCAGCUGUUUCCAAAUUUACAAUUCGUCACAGACAGAAAGAAAAAUUGCUUUUGCGAAUUGGAAUACAUUCUGGAGCAGUUUGUGCAGGUGUCGUAGGCCUGAAAAUGCCAAGAUACUGUCUUUUCGGCGAUACUGUCAACACAGCCAGUAGAAUGGAAUCGACAGGAAUGCCACUGAAGAUCCAUUGCAGCGAACAGUGCAGGAAUCUGCUGAACAUCAUUGGAGGCUACCACUUGGUGGAAAGAGGCUUCGUCAACCUCAAAGGAAAAGGAGAACAGAGGACUUAUUGGCUGCUUGGAGAAGACCAGUACUGCAGACAACUACGCACCCAACAGCGCAAAAUACGAAGAGGUAUUUACACAGACAGACCCCAAAGCAACGGACACGUCAUCACCAGAAGCUCCCUGAAGACCAAGAGCAACUCCACCAGAAGUCCAAUCCCUAGAUGUUCCUCUUUCGAAAGCCCAAAAAGACUCAGGUUCGCCAACCCUGAUCUUUUAGAGGUUAUAUCCGACGACAGCCCGUCGAAGAAGACUUCCUGCUGUUCGGACUGCGGGAACGGCUGGAAGGGAUGCAGUUCCUCAUGUCCCUGCAUCGAGGAACUCUCAAGCUUCACCAACAUUGCUCCUUCUUUGACCAAAAGCAGCAGGACGGAGAGUUAUCCGAAAACUUGUUGCUCUAGUGUGCCAACUCUCUACCCUCAUCUUGCUGUACCGCACCAGCCUGUCAUUCAUACGCUGUCAGCGCCAUCUAGCCCGAGAAAACCGGACGGUUACGUGGAUAACAGGCUUGCCAAAUUUCCGGAAUGUGAGGAAGUGAUACCAUGGCCUGAUUCGACACCUCUGUUGAAGAUUACGGAGCCACAGAGUUACGAAGCGAACGCAUGAGUUGAAAAAUUGACGUUUUGGGUUUGCUCAUUGUAUAGAGACGGAUAUUUUAUUCAUAGUAAUGAUAAUAAUUUAUUUCUUUUAAUAUUUAUAAAGUUCAUCAAAACUUAAUGUAUUUAAGUAAUAUGAAAACUCAAAAAUUCUUCUAUCGAAU